CAGCAUACGUCAAGGUGAGUUUUUACUUCAGCUGCCGUAUUUUGCAUUAAAGUUAAUUCAAUCCUAGUUUUUGAUAGUUAUUUUGUAGUGAAAACAAAGUAAAAAUUUAGUUAAUUGUUAUUAAACAAUACAAACACUAUUCGGGAGUGUUUGAAGUAAUCGCCUCACGUCUGGUGCCGUUGGCGAUGAUGAAUUCUUGUUUGCCAGUGCUUGUACCUACGGAUUCAAUGCACGGCUUCCUGAGAGACAAACAAGCCUGGGAGAAUGCAAUCUCCAUGUACCAAGGGCCUGAUCCACUCGAUCAUUGGUAUAAUUACAUUUGCUGGUAUGAAAAUCAUUUACGCGGUGAUCCAGAAAAUAAGUUCAGAGAAACGCUUGAACGUUGUUUAGCGCUCUUUGAACACAGUGAUUUCUAUAAGCAAGAUUUGAGAAUGGUGCGUCUUUGGUUAAAAUACAUUGAAAUGCAAACACACCCACUGCACUUCUAUCAAGUGUUGUACCAGCGUGGUGUGGGUAGGCAAGUUGCUGCAUUCUAUAUUGGUUGGGCUGGUUAUUAUCAGUCAAUUCAUGCAUUAAAAGAAGCUGAGUCUGUGUUCAGCUUGGCAUUCCAAGAAAAAGCUCAAUCAUAUGAAGAACUUCACCAUGCGCACAAUAAGUUCUUAUAUAUGCAAAAUGCUGCACAAAUGGCGCUACAUCAUCAACAACAGCAACAGCAAUUAAGCCAACAGCAAUCUCAUGCAGUUCAUUAUCAACAAAGUGGGCAGUGUCAAACACAAACCGUAACACAUACAAUUCCGCAACCACAAAUGCAGCAACAAAGUCAUCCGCAACAGCAAACACAAACACAACAAACUUCACAAAUGCAAACAACACAGGUGCAGUCAUCGCAACACCAAAACUAUCACAGGCAACAAUCUACUGCUGAUGCAACGGCCUCCAAUUCUUACUAUCAGCCACACGCGCAUGCCAACGUACGCUCCACACAGGAUCAAUUAUAUCAACAACAAGUUUACCAAAAUCAAACGGCUGGUUAUCAAAAUUCCGCGGAACAACCUACUAACCAGUUUAACGGCGCCACAGUGUACCAAAAUAAUGUGGAAACUCAUUCGGAAACGCGCACUGCAAAGAAUAUCUCCUCAAAUGAGCGCGAAGAAUAUGCAAAGCCGAAUAGAACUUCAUUUACCACUGAAGGAAGUCAUGUUAAAGUUGAAUCAACAUGUGAAAAAACACUUACACCAACAACAACACCAAUUGCUCCCUGUAAAUUGCCGCGAAAAUUUGCCGCCUAUUGUCGCAACAAUUAUGAGACAUGGAAACCAGCAUUGUUUCUGGAAGAGCCCGAAGACCCGAAUCGUCGUUGUCACUAUGCAAAGCAAUUAGUGUAUCCACCCGGCACAGGUGUAGAAUAUAGCCCUGAAGAAUUGAGGGCCAAAAAGUAUAUAACACAACUUAUAGAAGUGAAAAGAUUGAAGGAGCAGGCAGCACAGCUGAAGUCAGAAGUUGUAGUAAAAACUGAAGUGAGUGAACAUAUAACGCAAGAGAUACAAGAAAUAGGUGCUGUACAACAGCAACAAGCGCAACAAAAUAUAGAAUCGAGUGCAGCAAAUGUGGGCAUAAAUGCAAAUGGUCCCACUAAUAGCCACAAACAUAGACCGAGUACAAAUGAGCAAGCUGGCGCGAAUGGUGUUGAGCCAUCAGCACAACAACAUUAUCAACACACUAUCACCUACGCUCAAACACAAAUUCAGUUGCAGCAGCAGAAUCAUCAUCAUCAUCAGCAGCUCUAUCGUCACACUAUCAAUCACAAUUAUCACAGUGAGAAGCAACAACAAUUCCAACAACAAAAUAAACAGGCAGUUACUGAGUUGGAGAAUGGCUUGGAUGAUUUAGAAGAUCAAAUUGAAGCUUCCACAAUACGUUUAGGGGAAAAUAAGACUAUAAAAAUUAAAUUUAAAAAGGAACGUCAACAACAUGGGCACACAAUAAAAGGAAGUAACUAUGUCAUUGAAGGAAUAUAUCAGCAGGAGGUCUCCGCUGCUUCACCAUCCACGCCGGAAUAUGGACGCAUUAAAAAUGGUCACAGUUUUCAUCCUUACAACAUGGAUAACACUUCAACGCCCAAAACCAGUUCCAAACGUUACAAAGCCAAAUUGAAGCGGAUUAAUAAACUACCAAUUAGUACUGGUAGCAGUAGUAACUCCUCGUCUGCUGAAAAUGGUGGCGAUACAAAUGGCAACAACAGCGCUGUCACAACCGAACACAUACCACCUGUUGACACUGUGGAUGAUGUUGUACACAAUGCUACAUUCAAUGAUAAUGCAAAUUAUUCAUUUUCAAGCGCCGUUGCUUUGGAUAACUCACACUGUUCGUUGACUUCUGCCGUGGGACGUCUGAAUUUCCGUGAUACAACAACUACUACGGCAUACAAUACGAGUGCUGUGGCAGAUAUUUCCACGUAUCAGGAGAACUCAUAUUUUGCCACACAACACGAUACGGAGGCGAAGGAGCGACGUCUGCGCAAAGCACACGAGAUCAUUGAGCACCACUUGACCAAGGAGGCCAUCGAUCCGUUCAGUAGUGAAUUGUGUCGUGCAUUCCUCACUAAAUUGGACUUCCCCGGCUCGGAUGAUAGUUGUGCCAACUAUAAAAUCGUACAAACACCACUGCCAAAGAUAGCGAAUACGCGUACGCUAAGCUUGCCCGAUGGCGUGCAAUUCAACAUAGAUAAGGAGGUGGGACGUGGUUCAUAUGGUUCAGUAUAUAAGGCUACAGAUGCUAACACUGGUAAUGUGGUGGCGUUGAAGUUUCAGAAACCGCCAAACACUUGGGAGAUUUAUAUUUGCGAUCAGGUGUUAAAGCGUGUGCAGUCCUCCAACAUACUGCCGGGUCUAAUGGACAUUUCGGUUGCCAUAAUUGCGCCGAAUGCCAGUAUUAUCGCCACAGAAUUCUCGCCGUUCGGCUCACUACUCGAUAUCAACAAUAAGAUACGUCAGGCUACCACAAAAGUAAUGCAUGAGUCAUUGGUCAUGCACUUCUCCGCGCAGAUCUGCAACAUCAUAAAUCAUCUACACAUCAAUAAGAUAAUCCAUGCGGACAUAAAGCCAGAUAACUUCUUGCUAAUGCGCAUACCGAGCACCGAUUAUCACUAUCCCUCGUUGCGUCUCAUCGACUUUGGCUGCGCCAUCGAUAUGACGCUCUUCCCCGAACCGGAUACGACGAAGUUUCGCAAAGUUAUACAAACGGAUGGCUUCACCUGCAUCGAAAUGCAGGAGGGUCGCCCGUGGUCAUACGAAACGGAUCUGUUCUGCAUUGCCGGUACGGUACAUGUGAUGUUGCUGGGCGAGUACAUGCAAUUGCAGAAGCGCGCCGGUACAUGGGACAUUAAGCAGAAGUUGCCGCGUUACUUAAAGAAGCACGUCUGGACGAAGUUCUUUAACGAUAUGCUGAAUAUUAAGAGCACAAAAUUGCCAGAUUUGAACGAAAUGCGUCACACUUUUGAUCAAGAGGCGGCACGCAUGGAUUCCGAAUUGCAGAGCCAAAUACGUACGCUAUCGAAUAUACUGCAUCGGCGAUAACCGUGGCGUUAGUUAGAGGGCGCAGAGAAUAUGGCAAUUGUCAAAUAAUCGUUACCACCCACACUUAAUUUUUAUAUUUGUUUCUUUUAAUUAUUAUAUUAUAUUAUAAGUUCACACUCAUGCCCAACAAUGACAAUGUCUUACUAAGCGGCAAGUAUUUAGAAAAACCUUAUAUUUCCCAUGCAAUCGGUAUCAUAAAUGAAAUUUGUUUUACGCAAAAAUAAUUGUUUGCAAUCAA